UUGAAUGUGAUGGUAUACAGUAGGGUACGCGUGCGUGACACACGCGUGUGUCACGUCACACAUUUCUUUACAUCUAACCACCACUCUCUGUGCCCACCAACAUGGACAGCGGCGAAUCCAGGACGAUGAAGGCUCGUAGGGAUGCCUACAAGAACAAGGGCGCAUUCAAAGAGGAGGACCGCAGGAACCGUCGCAAUGAACAGCAGGUCGAAAUCAGAAGGCAGAAGCGGGAAGACAAUGUUUCCAAACGUCGCACACUUCUGCCUGGUGGCGAUGCUGAAUCCGAUGAGGAAAUUGGGAGUGGCUCUUGGGAAGCUCCGCUGGCACAAGAGAUGGUGAACAGUGUCUUCUCUGACGACCCGGACCGCCAACUCGAUGCGACAUCCAAAUUCCGCAAGCUGCUAUCUAAGGAAAAGAAUCCGCCGAUCGAGCGUGUCAUUGAGUGUGGGGUUGUCCCCCGCUUCGUGGAAUUCUUGCGUCAAGGACAUUCUAUGCUUCAGGUGCAACGAUAUCUGUCACAUCUGGCUCAUCGUUCUAAUUGAUCGGACGCAGUUCGAAGCAGCAUGGGCCCUCACGAACAUCGCGUCGGGGACUGCGGAACAUACCCAAGUCGUGAUUCAUGCGCAAGCCGUCCCCGAAUUCAUCAAUCUUCUGUCGUCGCCUACUCUUGACGUUCGAGAGCAAGCCGUGUGGGCUUUGGGUAACAUUGCUGGCGAUAGCCCCCAGUGUCGAGAUUAUGUCCUCCAGCAGGGUGCCCUACGACCACUGCUGACAUUGUUGAGUGAACAGCAUAAGUUGAGUCUUCUGCGGAAUGCAACGUGGACUCUGAGCAACUUUUGCCGGGGUCGAUCACCCCAGCCUCAGUGGGAACUGAUCGCCCCGGCCCUGACGGUGCUCGCGAAGCUGCUAUACUCUCUGGAUGAUGAGAUCCUCAUCGACGCGUGCUGGGCCAUCUCAUACCUGUCCGACGGAUCGAACGACAAGAUCCAAGCCGUGAUCGAGGCCGGUGUCUGCCGUCGACUGGUCGACCUCCUCAUGCACCAAUCGACCUCUGUUCAAACGCCCGCUCUGCGCUCGGUGGGUAACAUUGCAACCGGCGAUGACCUGCAGACGCAGGUGCUAAUCGCUUCGGCUGUUCUUCCCGCACUUCUAUCACUUCUUUCUUCUCCCAAAGAAGGCAUUCGGAAGGAAGCGUGCUGGACCAUUUCGAACAUCACCGCCGGCUCUCCGCACCAGAUUCAGGCUGUCAUCGACGCCAACCUGAUUCCUCCCUUGAUCAACAUCCUGCAGAACGCCGACUUCAAAACCAAGAAGGAAGCGUGCUGGGCGCUGUCGAACGCGACGUCCGGCGGUCUACAGGAGCCGACACAGAUCCGAUACCUUGUAGCGCAAGGCUGCAUUAAGCCUCUGUGCGACCUGUUGACUAUGAUGGAUAAUAAACUGAUCCAAGUCGCUCUGGACGGCCUGGACAAUAUUUUGAAGAUUGGAGAGGCCGACAAGGUUGCUGCUGGGCCUGGUGCGACGAACCAGUACGCGCAGUUCAUCGAGGAGGCUGGUGGCAUGGUCACUAUCCACAACUUGCAGCAACAUGAAAACUUGGAUAUCUACAAAAAGGCAUUCAAUAUCAUGGACAAAUACUUCCCGGACGAGGAGGACAUCGACGCGGCUAUCAACGCACCUGCGGUUGAUUCCACCGGAUCUUUCGCAUUCCAAUCGGAGGUUCAGGCGCCUCAGGGUGGAUUUAGCUUUGGAAACUGAUCGGAUCUGGCAUAUGAAUAUACCGCACUGUAAAUCAGUACACUAUAAUGUAGAUGCUCUUGCUUAUCAGUUUCAAUCAAUUUUCGCAAAUCGC